UAUUUAUAGAUCGUAUUUAAAGAGCCCCUGGGAGUCUCCGGAGCGGCCUGAGUGCGGCCUGCAGGGGAGAGAUAUGCAACUGUGACCAGCCGGACCGCAGAGCUACACGACUAUUUUUGUGAAAAAUGACGGAAUAUAAGCUAGUGGUGGUCGGCGCUGGAGGCGUUGGGAAGAGCGCUCUGACAAUACAACUAAUACAGAACCAUUUUGUUGAUGAAUAUGAUCCUACUAUAGAGGACUCGUAUAGGAAACAAGUGGUCAUCGAUGGCGAGACCUGCCUACUGGACAUCCUGGACACCGCAGGUCAAGAGGAGUAUAGUGCAAUGAGAGACCAGUAUAUGCGGACGGGGGAGGGAUUCCUCUGCGUCUUUGCCAUUAAUAACACUAAAUCCUUUGAGGACAUUCACCAUUAUAGAGAACAGAUAAAAAGAGUAAAAGACUCUGAGGACGUACCGAUGGUUUUAGUCGGCAACAAAUGUGAUUUACCUUCUAGAACAGUAGACACCAAGCAAGCUCAGGACUUGGCACGGAGUUAUGGGAUUCCUUUUAUUGAAACCUCUGCAAAAACCAGACAGGGAGUCGAUGACGCUUUCUACACUUUAGUACGAGAAAUCCGAAAGCACAAAGAGAAGAUGAGCAAGGAGGGCAAAAAGAAGAAGAAAAAGUCCAAGUCGAAAUGCAUCAUUCUGUGAAUACAUGCCGGAGAGGAAUCCUAUUGUACAUUUUACACUAAAUUAUUAGCAUUUGUUUUUAAUUUCCUGGGUUUUAUUUUCGGACUUGUGGCUACUGCUUCAACCGUUUGUAUCUCCGCCUCUUGUGCCAGUACUUUAGUGGUGGAAGCGCCCAUGAGACUCCAGGAGCUGGCUUUUGUGCAUGUAGCAAUCGAUGUUUCAUGUGCGCUGUUCGAUCUCCACAUCCUGUUUGUCUUUCCACCUUCCCUUCUUGAAAACCUUACUGCAUGACUGAGGCAUGCACAACUAUGGACUUUUUUUUUCCUG